AAGCAUGAUUUUCAAAGGGUGUGGUUGUCAAUUCACAAGAAAAACCCCGAGUGAGUGAAGACAGACACCAUCUCUUCCCUCCUGACUCUCUCCUAUUUAUCCCCCAUCCAGAAUUACACUCUUUACUCCACAACUAGGAAAACAUUUUCCUUUGCUUCUUCUUCCUUUUCUUCUUGUGAUCUCUGUGGCCAUGGGCAUGGCCAACAGAGAGAUCUCAGCCUCCAUGGUACUACUGUCUCUCCUGCUCAUUGCCGUGGUGGAUGCGGGAAGCCAUGGAGUGAAUCGAGUAAGGGGAGGAGAAGAAGAAGAAGCUGAUAGGAUAACAGCACUUCCUGGACAGCCCAAGGUCUCUUUUCAGCAGUACUCCGGCUAUGUCACUGUUAACCAUGUUGCUGGUAGAGCCCUCUUCUACUGGCUCAAUGAGGCUGUCCAUGACCCCUUGUCCAAACCUCUGGUCAUUUGGCUUAAUGGAGGUCCUGGUUGCUCUUCUGUGGCGUAUGGGGCAUCUGAAGAAAUAGGCCCAUUUAGGAUCAACAAGACUGCUUCAGGCCUGUAUCUUAACAAGUUCUCAUGGAACACUCUGGCUAAUCUCUUGUUCCUGGAGACCCCAGCUGGGGUUGGCUUCUCUUACAGCAACAAAUCCUCCGAUCUGCUCGACACUGGCGACCGUCGCACUGCCAAGGACUCAUUGGUGUUCCUGGUUCGAUGGCUUGAACGAUUCCCACGCUAUAAGCACCGUGAAGUGUACAUCACCGGUGAGAGCUAUGCAGGCCAUUAUGUUCCUCAGCUGGCUAGAGAAAUUAUGGCGUACAACGCCAAAUACAAGCAUGCCAUAAAUCUCAAAGGAAUAAUGGUUGGCAAUGCAGUAACAGACAACUACUAUGACAACCUGGGAACAGUCACGUACUGGUGGAGCCACGCCAUGAUCUCUGAUAAAACGUACCGGCAGCUCAUCAAUACAUGUGAUUUUCAUCGCCAAAAGGAAUCAAAUGAGUGUGAAUCCUUGUACAGUUAUGCCAUGGAUCAAGAAUUUGGAAACAUCGAUCAGUACAACAUAUAUGCUCCUCCUUGCAACAAUUCAGAUGGCAGUGGCGCCACCCGCCAGACUAUUCGCUUGCCUCAUCGAUCUCAUAGGAUUUUCAGGCAGAUAUCUGGCUAUGAUCCAUGUACUGAAAAAUAUGCUGAGAUUUACUACAAUAGGCCUGAUGUGCAGAAAGCACUGCAUGCCAAUACUACCAAAAUUCCCUACGGAUGGACUGCCUGCAGUGAGGUCCUAAACCGCAAUUGGAACGAUACAGCCGAAUCCGUCCUCCCCAUUUACCGAGAAAUGAUCGCGGCUGGUCUGAGAGUCUGGGUUUUCAGCGGGGAUGUCGACUCGGUGGUGCCAGUCACAGCCACUAGGUAUUCCCUUGCGCACCUCAAAUUGGCAACCAAAAUUCCAUGGUAUCCGUGGUAUGUUAAGAAGCAGGUGGGAGGGUGGACAGAAGUGUAUGAGGGGCUAACAUUUGCGACAGUGAGAGGAGCAGGACAUGAAGUACCACUUUUCAAGCCAAGAGCAGCACUUGAGCUAUUCAAAUCAUUUUUGAGAGGCCUCCCUCUUCCCAAGUCUUGAUAACAUAAUGUCUGUGUCCCCCACUAUACCAAUGUUUUUCCUUUCUUUCUUUCUUCUUUUAUUUAUUGUUGUUGCUCUUAGGUAAGUAAGAGUUGUGUCUUUCUUCAAUCAUUCAACCAAAAAAAAAACAAAAAAAGAAGAGAGGGAUUGGUUUUAUGCCAUAGAAGAAAUUUAACAGAUGGAAUUAAUGGAGAAGGUUCAUUUUGUUUGUAAA